AUGCAACAACUAAUUUUAAUUAAUAAGAAUAGCAAAAGCAAUAGCAGUGAUAACAACAAAAAUAAUAUUGUCAACAACAACAACAACAAUAAUAAUCAAAUGCAAGAUCUUUCUUCUUCACCAACGGCUUCACUUUCUUCUUCACGUUCAACAUCUCCAGAACCAACCUUGGAUCCCAUAAUAAUAAAUUAUUCGUUACAUAGACACCCAACAUUCUCUUAUACUCCAAUACACACUCGUAGAAGAUCGAAUGUUUGUAAUAACAACAAAUCACCAAUCUCAAUAAGAUCUUUAUCUUUUAGUCCAAUUUCUUUACCAACAGCCUCUUCUGCUCCUGAUUUAUUAUUCUCGUCAUCAUCAUCUUCGUUUAAAACUAACAGCUCUUCUGGGCAAACUCCAGAAAGUGAAAUUCCAUCAACUCCAACAUCUUCAAUAUUUUCAACACCUGAUUCAUUAGAAUAUACGAGUUUUCCUAAUUUUGAAAAAUUUGCUGACGAGAGUUGGUCUGAUAAUAAAAAAGCACAUUUUUAUGACUUGGAAAUGGAAAGCUAUGAUGAAAUGUUUGUAAAUGGAAUAAGAUUACAAUAUUGA